AUGGCGGUGCAGGCGGUGCACUUGGAGGCCGACGCCUUCCUGGUGUGCCUCAACCACGCGCUCAGCACCGAGAAGGAGGAGGUCAUGGGGCUCUGCAUCGGCGAGGUUGACACCAGCCGAAUUGUUCAUAUCCAUUCUGUGAUCAUCCUGCGCCGCUCCGAUAAGAGAAAAGACCGUGUGGAAAUUUCGCCAGAGCAACUUUCAGCUGCUUCUACUGAAGCAGAGAGGUUGGCUGAAAUGACGGGACGUCCCAUGAGAGUUGUGGGCUGGUAUCACUCUCAUCCUCAUAUUACUGUCUGGCCAUCGCAUGUUGAUGUCCGCACACAAGCUAUGUAUCAGAUGAUGGACCAAGGUUUUGUAGGGCUUAUCUUUUCCUGCUUCAUUGAGGACAAAAACACAAAGACAGGCAGGAUUCUCUACACUUGUUUCCAGUCCAUUCAGGCCCAGAAGAGCUCAGAAUACGAAAGGAUUGAAAUUCCUGUUCAUGUUGUCCCCCAUGAAACCAUUGGGAAAGUGUGCCUAGAAUCAGCUGUAGAGCUGCCCAAGAUCCUUUGCCAAGAAGAGCAAGAUGCCUACAGGAGAAUUCACAGCCUCACGCAUUUAGACUCCGUAACCAAGAUUCAUAAUGGCUCAGUGUUCACAAAGAACCUCUGCAGCCAGAUGUCUGCCAUCAGUGGGCCGCUUCUUCAGUGGCUGGAGGACAGACUAGAGCAGAACAAACAGCGGAUGCAGGAGCUGCAGCAGGAGAAGGAGCAGCUCCUGGAGGAGCUAGCUGCUUUAGAGUGAAGGAGGAAAUGCAGACUGUUGAGAAAAGAGACAUGAAAAAAAACUCUGCAAGACCUACUCCUGGCUAAAGGGUGGCCCUACAUUGCCUUACAGUGAAGAUACUAGUUGUGUGUCUUCUCUUGCCCCAUGCAGCACUUCUACAGGAUAAGGGCUUUAUUUGCCCCAGCUUGAUGGAAAGCAGUGGUAUCUCUCCAGGUGUUGCAUGAUGCAGUGCAGUUCUAGCUCAGUGGUUGGGCAGCACCUGAAGAGACUUCCGUUCCGGAGGGCACACACCUGGGGAACAUGUUUCUCCCUCUGCUAUAUUUUGACAGAAGUCUUAUUGCUUUGUACGUUUUCCAGGAGCCUAGAACAGGAGGGUUAGACAGGAAAAGUGUAUCCCUGCAGUCAUAUCUGAUGCUGCCAACUUUUACCUUCUUUUAGCAGCUUCAGUUGACUGUGAUCUUACAUCUAGUAAUGUUCUGGUUUACUGAUUAUCCACCCAGACAGGUAAGAGGUGGGAGGGAAGCUUGGGAAGGGAUCUGGAGGAACUUUGACAUAGGAUCUGUGUUCAGCAUACUUCAAACCAAAUAAAGAAUUCCAAAGCCAGA